AUGUCGAACCAGAGCGUCUACCGAAUCAUACGCGAGCUUACAGACAUUCAAAAGAAUACGGAUCUGUCGAUAGCAGUAGCUUGCCGAGAUAGCGAUGUUCGAAACGUCAAAGCAUUGAUCAUAGGACCGCCUGAGACUCCAUAUGAAUUCGGGUUCUUUGAUUUCAGCGUCAAGUUUCCCGAAGACUAUCCUGAAAAGGCGCCCUCUGUCACAGCAAAGACAACCAACGGAGGACGAUGUCGAUUCAAUCCUAACAUCUACGCGGGAGGCAAAGUGUGCUUGUCAAUAUUAGGGACCUGGAGAGGAGAGCGUGGCGAGGAAUGGUCGAGCGCGCAAGGCCUGGAAUCAAUCUUGAUCUCCAUACAAAGCUUGAUGUCAUCCAAUCCUUACGAGAACGAACCCGGCUUUGAGAAUGCCAACGCUGAAGACGACAAGAAAGCCCAAACCCAUUACGCAGCCAAGAUACGACACGAAUCCCUCAGAAUCUCGAUUGUACAGCGCCUAGAAGACUACUUGAACAUCCAUUCGGAUGGCGUGGUCGAUGAAUUUCCAAAAUUGGAAGAGUAUGGGCAAGUCCGCACGGAGUACGACGAUGUAGAGCCACCACCACCUCCCUUUGAGCCCUUCAAGGACCUCUGCAAGCGGCGCUUUCUUUGGUAUUAUGAAUCCUACCUCUUGUCGGUAGAGGAAGCAGAGAAGACAGUCAAAGCUAAUCAGAAUUUCGUCAUCAUGCCCUUCGAAGGCGGUGGCAACACCAUGCCCGGCAAGUUCAACUACCCUGAGCUCAAAAGAAGGCUUGAACUGAUACACACUGUGCUGUUCCGCGAAAUCGACUACUGGGCCGAGGAAGGUAGAAUGCAAGUACAGAAAGAAACGACCAUGGCUUCAAUGCUCGAACGUCAGCACCAGCAGCUUGUCGAAACCUACAAAAAGAAUGACAUGGUCACUCUCGACAUUGACUUGGAUAACAAGAAUCCUUUCGUUUGGCAGCUGACCUACUUUGGCCGACCUAUGACGAACCUUGAUGGCGGUAUGUUCAAAAUCCAAAUUUCCAUCAGCCCUCGAUUUCCAGACGAGCAACCACGGGUCAUCUUCAAGACGAAGAUGUUCCAUCACCGAAUAUCCAAAGACGGCGUGUUAUGCUACUUCCCCAAGCGUCAGGACGAGCUCAAGUCACACAUUGAGGCAAUCAUCGAGGCCAUUGAGGACACAGAGCCGCCAUAUGAUCCUCGAACGCUGGUCAACCCAGAGGCAUCGAAAUUGUACUGGGGCUCGGCAGACGACAAGAAGCUAUACAGUCGUCAACUGCGCCGAGCGGUUCAGCAAAGCGUGGAAGAAUAA